ACCCAAAGCUCUUGCGUUUCCGGCCAGCUCAGCGCAUCAGCCCUGUGGUGUUGUCACUUUAGAGCCUGUCAAACUCUGGUCCCAGUUACCUGCACGGUUCAGAGGGCGGCGGAGAAACACCCCGGGCACUGCGGAGAGAUGGUGCUGCUGACGAUGAUCGCGCGGCUGGCUGACGGCCUGCCUUUAGCCGCCUCGAUGCAGGAGGACGAGCAGGGAAGUGAAAAGCUGGGUCGGGACCUUCAGCAGUAUCAGAGUCAAGCAAAGCAGCUCUUCAGGAAACUCAAUGAUCAGAGUCCAACACGCUGCACUUUAGAGGCUGGUUCCAUGGCAUUUCACUAUUUCAUAGAGAAAGGAGUGUGCUACCUUGUGCUGUGUGAAGCCAGCUUUCCAAAGAAGCUGGCCUUUGCUUACCUUGAAGACCUGCGCGAGUUUCAUGAGCAGCAUGGAAAGAAGGUGCCCACAGUGUCCCGGCCUUACUCCUUCAUUGAAUUUGACACCUACAUCCAAAAAACCAAGAAAUCGUACAUCGACAGUCGAGCACGGAGGAAUCUGGGCAGCAUCAAUACAGAGCUCCAGGACGUCCAGAGGAUCAUGGUGGCAAACAUAGAGGAGGUGCUGCAGAGGGGAGAGGCGCUCUCUGCGCUCGACUCCAAGGCCAGCAACCUGUCCAGCCUGUCGAAGAAAUACCGGAGCGACGCCAAGUAUCUCAACACUCGCUCCACCUAUGCCAAGCUGGCAGCCGGUGGUGUCUUUUUCAUCAUGCUCAUUGUCUAUGUCCGCUUCUGGUGGCUCUGAAAGAAAGAAAGCAAAGGAAAAGAAGGAGGUAUUGAAGUGAAAAACGAGCCUGCAGACAUUAAGAAAAAGCUGCCACUUUUGACUAAAACACAGGAUCCCUGCUCUGAAUGAGACUUUGCCGACCGCUCGUUUUGUCCUUGCCUGUCCAUGGAUGUCUGAUCUGAAUAUAAAUGAUGUCAUAAUACAUAGUUCUAUUAUUAACACAUAUACACAAAUGCGGUCAUCGUUGGUCCAAGGGAUAGAUUAAAAGGAAUGAGUGAGUGUGUGUGUGUGUGUGGAUUGUUUGCUUUGUUCUUGAGGUCAAUUUUUAAUGAUUGGUUUUGAAGUUCGGAGGCAAAAUGAAGAGAAAAAGACAUUUCUGUUUUGGUGACUUUCCAAAGUUGUACUGUACUGUAACCAGACUGAUUUCAUCUUGUAUAGAAGUCUGAUCAUACAAGAAAGAGAAACAAAAAACAUCAUGUUAUUUAUCCUGAGCACAUCUGUAUGUAUCAUGCACUCAUAAACAUUAGAAUCAUUACAGGAAGCACUUGUUGGGCCUGGACAUAAGUUCAACAGUUAAUAAAAAACUUACAUUAAAACUAAAGCAGGUUAAAAGGCUCAACAACCAAAUAAAUAACGUUAAGUAGACUUUCUUUUUUAAAUAUAUGUAUUUCAACUUGCUAUUUUAAUUGAUUUGGGAAAGAGGAGGGGACUGUUUCUUUGUGUGAGAUGGGUAAAUACUGCUUCUUUUGGAUAUCUAGGGAGGAAAAUUAUUUAUAAAUCCACCUCUGAGAGAUUUUCUUUUAAGGGGGAUUAAUUUCUCACUAAUCCUAAAUUUAGUUAAGACGGUGAACCGUUAAAUUAUUGUUUGAAAAGGCAGAGAACAACAAUCCUGGCACUGUUUAAUUUUAUGAGCUCAUAGAACCAAUGCAUCAAUAAAAAAAUACAAUGAAAGUGUUCAUCAAUAGGAAUGAUAAAGAUUAAUUGAUUAAAUUAUUCUUAUUGUAGACUUUUGCGUCUAAAGGAUGAGCCAAAAGAAGGCAUGAUGUCAUAAGUGGGAUGGCUUUUCUUUUUCUUUUUUUUUUUUUUAAGAUUAAAAUCCAACAUUCAACUCUUCCACCCAGCUCAAUAAAGCAGCUCAAUAAUCUUCCAGCUGUCCCUAUAAAUUAACCCCCAACUCUCCUAUUCUGUUCCUCUUGCAUUGUGACUGUGUGGAUCAGCAUCUCUCUGUCAAAAAACACACACAUUGUAAAGACAAACUUGUGUCUGGUUGGGUCCUUUUAUUUUGUAUAAGGUUUACGUGUAGACUCCGUUUAAAAUUGUUUCCAGGCUGAGAGUAAGAGGUGUGUUCAAAGGACACUUUCUCUGUUUCUGUUCUGUCUGCUAUGAAUAAAAUCAUUUGCACACAACAAA